AUGAAGCGUAACCCCCGCAAGCUCAAGUGGACAAAGGCCUACCGCAAGAACGCCGGCAAGGAAAUGGUUGUCGACAGCACCCUCCUCUUCGGCGCCCGCCGCAACGAACCCGUCCGCUACAACCGCGACCUCGUCCAGAAGACGUUGGGAGCCAUGCAGCGCAUCAGCGAGAUUCGUGCCCGUCGCGAACGUGUCUUCUACAGGAAGCGCAUGGCUGGCAAGCGCGAGCGCGAACUCACCGCCGCCCGAGAGCUGGUCGCCAAGAACGAACACCUGCUGCCCCGGAUGCGCGGCAGCGAGAAACGUCGUCUCGAGGAACUGGCUGCCGAGCAGGAUCUCGAUGUGGAGGAGUUGGCUGCCGAGCACUUGCAAAGCGCCAAGCACGACAAAAAGUUGUUUGGCGGUGAGAAGAAGAGGCUCAGGGUACGGGUUGACGGCGGUGUUGAGGGUGACGGGGACAAUGAGAUGGAUAUGGAUUAA